GCCAGCUUGUCUACUUUCCGUCCUGCACUUCCAUUGCGCCCUGCGCCUUCUUGCCGCAACCUCAGCACACCUCUCGAGGUAUCCAUCCCAGCAUGGACAAUUUGGGGGCCGUGUUCGUCGGCCAGCUCAAGGCCCUUCGGCCCUCCUUCAUCUCCAAGGAGCCACACUUUAACUUCAUCACAGCCCACUAUUUCUACAUCAUCAGCCUCGCCAUGCUGGGGUCUGUGAUCGUCUACGGUGCCGGUAAAGGGAACAUCGCGUAUAUUGAUGCGCUGUUCUUUACCACCGGCGCCAGCACCCAGGCCGGCCUGAACACGGUCGAUGUCAAUCUGCUCAACACCUUCCAGCAGGUCGUCCUCUAUCUGUGGCCCAUGAUGACGAACCCCAUCACCAUCAACUCGUUCGUCGUCUUCCUCCGCCUGUACUGGUUCGAGAAGCGCUUCCAGCACAUUGUCCGCGAAUCUCGCCUGAAACGGGGCACCAUCUCCAAGUCCAAGGCGGGUGCGAACUUUGACGGCGCCGAUGCCGAGCGGGGUGUUAACGGCCGCAAAAUCACCGUCAUGCUCAACGGCGCACGGUCGCGCAUCACCAACGACGGCAUCCUGCUGGGACCCGCGCCACUGCAGUCGGACGAGCAGCUCGAUCCCAAGUCCACCUCUCCGAACCCGCUGGGCAUCCAUGGAACCAGCGAAUCUGCCGAGCCUCGCAGACCCGAGAUCAAGUUUGCUCGCACUGUCACAAAGAGCGAUGGCCUGGGCGAGGAUGCGCUUAAGCUCCCGCCACUUCGGUCGGAACAGGAGCACAUCGCGAUCCUGGAACGCCAACGGAAGGGCGACGAUGAGGUACUGCGGAUUCCGAACCCGCGGGAUGUCGAACGCGGCAUGGUCCCGAAGCCCGUUGAGGCCGGAGACGACGAGGAGCCAGACGUGGCUUCGCCCCGACCCACCCGAUCCGCCACGAACCAGGACGGCGAGCCUGAAGGGCCUAGCGCCGACGGUCGCCAGCAGGCCAUCACCAUUGAGGAACCUGACCGCCGUAAACUGCAGCAGUUGGGAUCGGGCGACCUGAUCGAGGAUGCCACUGCUGCCGGCCGUGCCUUCUCGUUCCUCAAGCUCAAGCGGUCUCGGUUCUUGAGCCGGACGAACUCCAAGCCCCGCGGCAACGAGGAUGCGCUUGGUGGCGGUCCCUCCAAGGCCAAAGGUCGCCGGCAAUCUCUAUUGCUGCUGCGGACUGCUCUCUCCCGGGAUAAGGUCGAAGGGACCCCGUAUCUGAGCUGGGAGCCCACGAUUGGCCGCAACUCGGCCUUCCUGGACCUGACAGAGGAGCAGAGAGAAGAGCUAGGCGGUAUCGAGUACAGGUCUCUGAAGACGUUGGCCCUGAUUCUCACUGCCUACUUCUGGGGCUUCUCCAUCCUCGGCGUGAUAAGUUUGCUGCCAUGGAUCCUACACACGGAGAGGUAUGGCCAGAUCGUCGAUGCCGCCGGCAUGGCGAGAACCUGGUGGGCCUUCUUCACCCCCAACUCGGCAUUCAUGGAUCUGGGCUUCACCCUCACGCCCGACAGCAUGAACUCGUUCAACACGGCCGUGUGGCCGCUUCUGUUGUUGAGCUUCCUCAUCAUCAUCGGCAACACCGGCUUCCCCGUCAUGCUCCGCUUCAUCAUAUGGGUCACGUCGCACCUUGUCCCGGUCGGCACCGGCUUAUACGAGGAGUUGAGAUUCCUGCUCGACCAUCCUCGUCGCUGCUUCACCUUGCUGUUCCCGUCCGGCGCCACCUGGUGGCUCUUCUGGUUGCUCGUUGUCAUGAACUGUCUCGACCUCAUAUUCUUCAUCGUGCUUGAUCUCGGAAGCGGCCCAGUCGUCGAUCUGCCUCCAGGCCUGAAGGUUCUGAAUGGCCUUUUCGAAGCAGUCUCCACUAGAACCGCUGGAUUCUCCUGCGUCAACCUCGCCGCCCUCCAUCCCGCCGUCCAGUUCUCGUACAUGGUUAUGAUGUAUAUCUCGGUCUUUCCCAUCGCCAUCUCAGUCCGCCGCACGAACGUGUACGAGGAGAGGUCGCUCGGCGUGUAUAGCAGACACGACAUCGACGAGCAGGCGAGCCAGGGCAGCGACCUGUCCUAUGUCGGCGCGCACUUGCGGCGGCAGCUCUCCUUCGACCUGUGGUACAUCGUCAUUGGGUUUUUCAUCCUCAACAUCGCCGAGGGCCCGCGCAUCAUGGCCGGAGACUUCUCCAUGUUUGCCGUCCUGUUCGAGGUCGUCAGCGCCUACGGCACCGUCGGCAUGAGCCUGGGCUACCCCACCGUCAACGCGUCCCUGUCCUCCCAGUUCACCGUCGUCGGCAAGCUGGUCAUCAUCGCCAUGAUGAUUCGCGGCAGACACCGCGGCCUGCCCUACGGCCUCGACCGCGCCAUCCUCCUCCCCAGCGAGGCCCUCCACGCCACCGAGGCGGCCGCCGACGCCGACGCCAGGGUGGUCCGCCACCUGUCCCACACCUCGGCCGCCACCGCCGGCGGGCCCCGCCUCCCCUCCAGCGGCGUGAGACGCCGCAAGAGCCUGAGCGGCGACCACGGCAACAUCCUCACCUCGCUGCUGCACCCCGGCCCGCUGGUGCCCCUCGAGCCGCCGCCGCCGCCGCUGGCGCCGGUGAUGACGGAGCUGCACAGCCGGCGAGCCAGCGACGCGACGGCCGAGGAGCCGGGGCCGUACGCCACCCGGGUCAGCUCGCGGUGGACGGAGCCGGGCGGCGCGUCGAGGCGGCUGGAUCCUGCCGCGCUGGCGCAGCGGCCGCGCACUUCGGGUGGGGAUGAUGGUGCGCAGGAUUAGAAUUUUGGUCCUUUUUCUUCUUCUUCUUUUUCUUUUU